GUCACUAUGAUAUUUCCUGUUCGGCAGUUGCGUUAUCUAGUCGGCUUUUCCAUGUGAGAUGGCAGAUUGCGGUUUCUCCCUUCUGAGAUCUCGUUUGUUUAGCGAGGUUUUGCUCCUUCACCUCUCUCAACUUGGCUAGACAGAGAUACCUUCAUCCAGGUGUUGACAAACUUUCCCCAGCAACAACAUCAAUCACCCGCCAUGACCGCAGAGGCAAAAGCGGCGUGGGACGCCCACGUCGACACGCGGACUGGCGUCACACCACCCAAACCAGCUGAAGUUUCUGAGCUGAAUAAACUACGGAAAGCUAUCGGUGGGCCUUUCAAGUCCAUAGCCUCGCUCAUCGGCGCUGCAGCGGCACCAGUGCCUGAUCUGCAGACAGGCGAUGGCUCAAAGAUUGUCCCGGAGGAGAAUACCGCGCUGUACAAGAAGAUCGAGGGCGGUCUCAAGGAUUUCUCUUACCUUGGAGUUGAAAACAUUCAGACCCUGCUGCAGGUACAGAAGGAGAAGAUGACAGGCGAGCUUACGGAUGACAAGACGUAUCUGAUGGAGGGCCUGGUCCGGACUGCGGCCGCCUUGCCGGAUGGCUCGAAGAUGCAGGAGACGGUGACGCAUCAGUUCCUGACGCAGCUUUGGAAUGACUUGCAGCACCCGCCGCAGUCAUAUCUUGGGCCAAAGUUCCAGUACCGAUCGGCUGAUGGCUCGAACAACAGUCUUGUGCACCCCCAGCUUGGUGCUGCGGGCACGCCGUAUGCGAGAACCUGCAAGCCGUCUAUGAUGCAAACUCCUGCAAGGCCGGAUCCGGGCGUUGUCUUCGAUAGCAUCAUGACACGCAAGCAUGCGGAGCUGCACCCAAACCGGGUCUCGAGUAUGCUUUUCUACCUGGCUUCGAUCAUCAUCCACGAUUUAUUCCGCACUAGUCAUGAGGAUUAUUCAGUGUCGAUGACGAGCUCGUAUCUUGAUCUUUCGCCGCUGUACGGAAGUAACCAGAAGGAGCAGGAUAUGAUGAGGACGAGGGUAGACGGGAAGAUCAAGCCUGACUGCUUCUCUGAAGCGAGGCUGUUGUUCUUCCCGCCUGGUGUCGGCGCCUUGCUGAUCAUGUUCAAUCGCUUCCACAACUAUACUGUCGAGAACCUGGCGAGCAUCAACGAGGGGAACCGCUUCGCGAAGCCUGUUGCGCCAAAGGAUGCGAGUGACGAGAAGGCCAGCCAGAAGUACGAGGCCCAGAAGAAAAAGUAUGACGAGGAUCUGUUCCAGACGGGUCGUCUUAUCACCUGCGGUCUUUACGUAAACACCAUUCUCAUCGACUACGUCCGGACGAUCCUCAACCUCAAUCGCACCGACAGCAACUGGCAGCUUAACCCUCGCGCUGAGAUCAAAGGCGUGGCCAUGGGUACUGGUAACCAGGUUGCUGCAGAGUUCAACCUCGUCUACAGAUGGCACUCCUCAGUGUCAGACCGCGACGAGAAAUGGACGCAGGAGAUGUGGGACAGUCUUUUCGGCGAAGGUCGCGAUCCCAAGUCAAUCGGCAAGUACGAGUUCGUUGGAAGAAUGAGCGAGGUCUACUCGAAGACUGAUCCGGAUCCCUCAAAGCGAGAGUUCGCUACUCUUAAGCGGAACGCCGAUGGUACAUUGCCUGAUGACGACCUCGUGGAUAUUCUGACCUCUAGCGUCGAGGACUGCGCCAACUCUUUUGGUCCGAACAGAGUUCCUGCUGUGUUCCGCGCCAUCGAAGUCCUGGGUAUCGAACAGGCACGAUCUUGGAACCUGGGUUCGUUGAACGAGUUCAGGAAGUACUUCCAUCUUGAGCCGCACAAGACGUUUGCAGACAUUACGAGCGAUAAGUAUGUCCAAGAUCAGUUGAAGCAUCUUUACGACCACCCAGACAAGGUUGAGAUCUACCCUGGUCUUGUUGUUGAAGACGCAAAACAACCCAUGGCCCCUGGUUCUGGUCUCACUCCCCCAUACACAACCUCUCGCGCCGUGCUUUCGGAUGCUGUCGCACUCGUGCGAGGUGACAGAUUCUACACUGUCGACUACAAUCCUCGUACACUGACGAACUGGGGAUACAACCUGGUCAAUUCCGACACCAGCAUCGACAACGGUUGUGUGUUCUACAAGCUCUUCUUGCGCGCUUUCCCGCAGCACUUCAAGCAGAACAGCGUGUAUGCACACUACCCACUUACUGUCCCCUCGGCCAUGAAAGAAGCCCUCACAGAUCUCAACAAGGCACACUUGUACGACUAUGAGAAGCCAAAGGCCACUGCCCACCCGCACAUCGUCAGUGAAUACAAGCUCGCCACAGAGAUUAUGGAAAACCAGGACAUGUUCAAGGUGACAUGGGGAAAAGCAAUGGAGUAUAUCAUGGGACCCGCAGCGAAGGACUUCAUGCUCGCAGGCGACGGCCCCAAGAAUGCCGAUUCGCGUGCCAUGGUAUCCAAAGCACUCUACAUCUCCGACUGGGAUAAGCAAGUGCGCACAUACUACGCUGCAAAGACGAAAGAACUGCUCGCUGAAAAGGGUGCCAAGAUUGCAGAUUUCAACCAAGUCGAUAUCAUCCGCGACGUUGGCAACCUCGCACACGUGCACUUUUGCGCAGAGCUCUUCAUGCUGCCACUCAAGACCACAGAACACCCCCACGGCAUCUUCACAGAAGCAGAGCUCUACCUCAUCAUGUCCAGCGUCUUUGCACUGAUCUUCUUCGACGCCGACCCGGCUGGCUCUUUCCCGCUGCACAUCAAAGCCCACCAGGCCACCCAGAUCCUCGGCGACACUGUGCAGAAAAACGUCGAAGCAAUCGCCCACAGCGGCCUCCUCUCCCGCGUCAUGCAAGCCGUCUGGCCCCAAGACUCAGCCCUCAAGAGCUACGGCAUCCACAUGAUCCAGCGACUCCUCGCGUCAGGCAAGAACCCCACCGAGCUCGUCUGGGGCCACAUCCUCGGCACAGCAGGCGGCAUGGUAUCGAACCAAGGCCAGCUUUUCGCCCAAACAAUCGAAUACUACAUCCUCGGCGCAGGCAAACAGCACUGGCCCGCCAUCCAAGCCCUAGCCCAACACGACACCCCCGAAGCCUUCGAGCAGCUCAUGCACUACGCAAUGGAGGGCUCGCGCCUCAACGGCGAAACAGGCGUCCUCCGCGCCGUCGCAAAACCAACAACCCUAUCCGAAGCAGGAAAACCCCUCCCCCUCACCCCAGGCGACACACUCUUCGUCAACCUGCGCGCCGCGUCCCACGACCCCGUCGCGUUCCCCAACCCAGACGCUGUCGACCUCCACCGCCCCCUCGACGCAUACAUCCACCUCGGUCACGGCCCGCACCAGUGCCUUGGCCUGCCCAUGACGCGCGUCGUGCUCACUACGAUGCUGAGGGAGGUUGCGCUGCUGAGGAAUUUGCGCCCGGCGCUGGGCCCGCAGGGCAGGAUUCAUAAGGUUGAGCGCAAGAUGGGGGCUGAUGAGAAGUAUCCGUAUCAUGCGUAUUUGACGGAGAACUGGGAUAUGUUCUUUCCGUUUCCUUGUGCGUUCAAGGUUAAUUGGGAUGAUGAGUAGGUGAGUAGCUGGGAGGGGAUGCAAUGGGAUGGGAUGGAAUGGUAACGGACAAGCAUGGACAUGGAACAUGAGAUACGAGGACAUGAACUACGUCAAACUGGAAAUGAUGCAAAUCCACGGAAGGAGAAGUGCAGGCACACUUCCCCCAAAGUACAUAACUCUCGGUAUCUUAAAAACUCAAUAAGACCUCUUCAUAGGCGGCAC